GAAUAGUAGUAAUAAAUAAAAAAAAAUGAUAGUAAUGAUACCACUUCUGAACAAUUUCACCGAGGUUAUAUUAUUCUUGUUAAACUUUUAAGGUUAUACUAUAUUUAUUGUAAAGUUAAGUGAACAUUAAAUCUGGUGAACGACAACGUGGUUUUUGAAAAAUUGUACGCAAAAAUGUGCCCAUAGUGAAUCAAUAUGCAUGAUUUUCCUAAAAGUCGUGAUUAUGUACAUAUUGUAGUAAUGUACUUAGAACUUUAACUUUUUAUUAAUACGUAAUUCAUACGUAAUUGUUGAUACCAAAAUAAAUAAUAAUAAACAUAAUGGCAUCUACAAAAAACGAGGAGAAACCUAUCCUUGAAGCAGAAACUGUUUUCUUGCUAAUGAAAAAAGGAUUUCCUAUAUCUCGAAAUGUAAGAGCCCAAUGGAUGUUGGAACAUUUAGAUACCUUGAUAAAUAUACAGUGUCCAAGUUUUAAAAACAAAGAAGCACCAGAAUUGGAAGUUGUAUCUGUUUUACCAAAGACAAAAGUUGAACCAUGGUCUUCCGAAACUAGCCAUCAAUAUCUUUAUAGAGUAACGUCGACAACUUCGAUAAUAUUCUUAGCUCAUAAAUAUAGGAUGGUGUUUAAUUUAGAUUUAAGUCCAUCACUCGCAACUAUAGAUAUACAACAUGGUGAAAUUGUAAUAGAUGAAGUGUAUAUGGCAACAAAACGAUUUUUGGAAAAUAUUAUUAAGCCUUUCAUUAUACCAGGAAGUAAAAGAAUAAUGCUACCAGAAAUUUAUGUAACUAUAAUUGCUCAUACACCAUUUUUUACAAGUCCUGCACAGCAGGUUCUAGUACAGGGUUGGCUAGUAACUAUGGAUAAUGUUAAUCAACUAACAAGUUUUAUAAAGAAACAACUUAAUAUAUUAGAAGAAAAAAUAGCAUGUAUCACUGCUAUAGCUAGUCAGCAACUAGAAAAUUUAAGAGCUGAAAGUGAACGAUUGGUGGGAGGUCUUUUUGAAGAAAGCAAUACUUGUAUGAAUAAAAGUAGUAUAUGUGUUGCUAAUGUUUCAGUAAUUUCUCCAGAGUCAAAUUUUGUUAACAUGCUGAGAUAUGGAAUGUUAGCACUUACACUUCUACCAGAACACAGUUGUGCACAUAUGAUUAUUGUGUCAGAUGGUAUAGUAGGAACUACAGAUGUUCAUGUCUUAGAUUCUGUUAUGCAACAGUUACGUGCAACAACAAUUGCAUGUAGCUUUCUACAUGUUGGUAGUACGUAUCAUCCACAUUGUGCAGAUGGCUUAGUACCAUAUCAAGAUUUAUUACAUUUCAUUGCUAGAGCUACAUUGGGUACUUACAUGCCUUUUAUUCCACAUUCAAUACAUUCAAAUGAAAUGGAAAUGAAUAUUUAUCAAAGAAAUUUUUUAUGUUGGCAAUUAUAUCGUGAAGUAGUUUAUAGUAGUUUACCAGAUUACUCAACCUGGCACUCCAAAAACUCUCUAUUUUAUGAACAAAAGUCCGAUCAACUAUUACAAAAAAAACAAAUAGAAGAUAAAGUUACUUGCACACUGAGCAGCUUGUUAUGUUGUCGUCUCCGAGAAGGAUACUUAAUAAAACGUGCUAAUGUAAGAGAUGAAGUGCUUGAAAUUUGUUUUGUACUAUUAUGGAAAUCGAGUGUUUUACUCGAAUAUGUGAUAUUGUGUCCUUGGUCUACAAAAUCAUUAUCUGCAUCCAAUACUAUACAAUAUAAAAUUACUAUAGAAGCUCCCUACGAAUUUUUACAUGAUAUAACAUGUUUAUCCAAAAAACCGUUGAAAUCACAAUAUCGUCAAGGUGUAGUGACUUGUUUCUGGGCAGCUUUGACGUCUUUAACAGAAAGUGACACUAUGCUUGCACACUUCAGCUGGUUUCCAGAAUUUGGUUGGACUUGGUACAGUGUACCGGAUACCAUCAGAAGCGGCAUGCCGGUCUUCUAUUUGUCAGCUUAUCCUUCGCCUAAUACAGUCCAACUUAGCGAUGCAGCCUGUCCACAAUUUGGACAAAUCUGGCAGCCUGUAGUGUCUUUAAAUCCUUUACAAUGGGCACGUUGGAUGCAUACGCAAAGAGUAACAUUAAUUUUAUCACAUGAUAGGCCACUACCAAAGCAUCUACAUCAAGCAAAUCAAAGCGGACGUUUUCAAUGCGUUCAAAGUCGUCAGGCAGCCGCUGUCCUUUAUGCCAUGUUAAAAAACUGGGCGACUUUCGUUCUCGUCGAAAAUCACACAUAUGUGCAAUUCAUUUAUAGAGAAGCAGAUAAGCCACCUGUUUCAUUUUCAUUAAUUCGUAUUAACUGCAAAGCUCUUUGCGUUACCCUUAACAUUGCGUUCGCAGCCGGAACAGAAGGAGUCGUUCGACAUAACGUUGUCGUCGAUCUUCUAGACAGAUUAUCAAAGCUUACUUUACCAAAUAGACCUACAGAACAAAAGGAAACACCUUCCUGUACGAUUAUACACAAAUCUUUAGAAAGAAUUUUGAUUAGAUACGAACGAAUGCCGACUGACUUAAACUCCAUUGUAUUUCCUGAUGGAACGCAAACAAAUUCAUUGAAGAAUACGCAGAUAUUGGGAGGAAUUUUGACAACUAGUUUGUCUAGAUAUCUAUAUCAUAAUAGAUGGCUUUGGCAUAUGAAACGACCAUUUGUGCAAACAAUCCCCGGGAUCACAUUACCAAGAUUGAACGUAACUGCCAUUGCACGGAUUCUAUCUACAAUUACAAAGAUGCGUUUAGUUGAGGGUUUUAAUUUUACUUAUUCAGCGGCGGGCAUUAUGAACAUGGUCCUUGAAGUACAAAUGCAAGGAGUUGGUAAAGACGAUGCAUUGUAUCCGUGUAUCAUUCAGUAUAUCCUAUUUCCUCCGCAUGUUACAUCCAAUACGGUAUUAGAACGCGACAGUGCAUCAGAGGAAGAUACGGAUGAGGGUACUGCUGAUGGCGAAGUUAGUAUGGACGAUUUUGAAGGCUUUGGCGAUUUCCAGAUUGUUUCUGAAAUUUGGAUCGAACCUCAAUGCGGUUUUUCACAACUACCAGCGCAGUCUACGGCAGCUUAUAUGCAUCGGCUGCAAUAUCACGAGCUUCCAGAUGCGAUUGCCCGAGUAGAUGAAGAAUGCAUCAAUGCUUUAUUAACGUUGGAGUACUUGAGUUUAUUGAGCCAAGUAAUACCAAGCGCCGACAUCGUUUAUGGGCAAAGCUAUCAAGACAGUAAAUUGUUAAAUAAAAAAAGUAAUAGAAACAGCAAGAAUAAUGGCGGUGCCAGUGCCGAAGAGUCAUACGACGGGCUAUCGAUGAACGAUGAAAAAAUACAUUUGAUGCAUUUCUCUUUCGACAUACUAAACAUACUACCAAAAUGCCAGCAAGCAGAACUGUUAUUUUCCAUGUUUGGCAAUGGUCUAACCGAGGCGGACAGAGGACGAGAAAGUGCGAACAAGAUCUUAAUGGACAAUUUGCUAGAGCAUAUGAAACAGUUGCAUAACAAAGAACUUCUAUUAACGUCAGCUGAUUCGCAAAGGUUCACAAAAAUGCUUCUAAACAGACGUCGUGUUGGUGGUCCACCUUUACCAUUUUUCUCUCAAAAAGAACGACACCAAACCAGGACCGAAUUUGCGGAUGACAUAACAUCGAAAAUGGACGAAAAAAGAAAUAUAGAAGACUUCGAAGGAAAUUUGGUCAUUCCUGUAUACGUGUACGAUUGCUCCUUAGCAUUAUUAAUCGACACGUUAAUAGAUAAAUUAAAGAUAUCGCAUAACAAAGACAUUUACCAGGAUCACACCUUCAGAGGAAAUCAUCAAGAAUGUAAAGAUUUCAUUGAAUUAAAAUCAGAUUAUACUCCAAAGCCACUAAUUCCAAAGUUAAAAAGCGAGGACUCGGAAAAUACUUGUAGUGAUCAACGAAGUCUCAUGGAGCACUGUAAAUUACUAAGUUUGGCGCAUUGUCAUUGUUACGUUGUUGCCGUUUACAAAUCGUUGGUACUGCAACAGUCCCUCAGUUACGAGGACAUGGAAGCUGCAGUGGAACAAUGCGAAGAAACUUUGAUCGAAAUUAACAUAACAAAUUAUCUACGGUCGGUGUGCAGACAUUUGAGCAGAUUAUCCGAUAAUGAUUCGUUAGAUCAGCUGGAGUCUUCUGCGUGCGACGAUGUCAAACCCUUACACGACUUGAUUAAAGAAAAAUUUGAAAAAAUAAUCACCGUUGCCUUUAGACCCGUCCCUGCGCAUCCUGAAUUCUACUACUGUUCGCCGUAUUGGUCAGACAAUGAACCGGAUCUUGCUAGGUUCAGAAGAUCAGAAAGCGUCGAUGAAAUGGAAGAUAUCGCGUUUCAUUCGAUAAACACUGAUUACGUAUCGCAAAGUCUUCAUAGUACAGGAAAUAUGUCGUGGCCAACCAGAGACGUACAUAACGUAACAGAUAUUUCGAGCCAUAGUUCUGCGGAGUCCUUGGACAGCGAUUUCCAGGAUAAGAAUAUUUACAGAAACGAACAACCUCUUUUCUUGCAAUUAAAUUGUUCAGUUCGAUUUCAGUCCAAGUCUGAAUUUUCUAGCAUACCUGUAAAGUCUCUGCCAACCUGUUUCAUGGAGAUUGUACAGAAGAUGGAGGAUUACAAGGACAGAGAUAUAGCCGGUUUAAAUUUGACCGAUUUAAAAAUCACGUUGGAUAUCAUUUGUUUGAACCUGCCAAGAGAGGUGUUAGAGAUAAGUCUGGAACGUUAUUCGGGUUUGAGAGCGACAUCUUUCUGCAGCGGCUCUCCGGUUGGCAGUUUGCGAACAGAGAGUGGAAGCAGUUUGGAAAAUAAUGCUAGAAAUGAAUCGUUCCAAGAAAGAAUGUCGCAUCUUCCUUUGAACCAACACAACGCUAUCAGUAACUUGAAAGAUGAGAUCGAGUGGCUUUUGCAAGAUGAAACUGCAACCGCGCUUUUGGAUCGGCCAUACGUAAACGAGGAGAUUUUGAAUUUCGUUGCAAAUCAUAUUUCAGAAUCGACGGAUAGAUUUAGUUGCAAAGUCGAGAAAGUAGCUCUGCAUUUUGUUUUCCCUUCGGAAGACAGUAAACCAAAAUUCAUAAGCGAAGUGAAGAAACUUCAAAUCGACAAAUAUUGUAUUCGACAAGAAGGAACUCUAUUUUAUUUCGUUAAGAAUUUGGAACAAACCGACUCAGUGACCGAAAAUUCUAAGAGCGAUAAAAAAGAAUCAAAAAAGAAAAAUGACAAUGCUAUGGAAGAUGCAGGCCAAGAAAAAUUGCAGGAAUAUUGCACAGAAAAUAAUAUGAGAAGUCACUUUAAAUCUCAAAAGAGUUACCCCGAAAUGGCUGACAUGAUAAAAGAAAUACCGGGAACAAACGACGGAAGCAAACAAGACAGUAAUUCUAAAUAUGGGUUCCAGUGGUUGAUAGAUCUUGACAAUCGUGAAAGUUCUUUACCAAACUUCUGGUUAAUUUUAAAUGUUGAAAAUGAUUAUGUCAACAUCUAUUUCCAUUGCAGAUUCUUGGAAAUCGUCUCACCAGAAGUGAACAGCUACUGGCACACUCAGAAGAUGUUGGUCUCCCAAAUAAAAUGUACUUGUCGCAGAGUAAAUCAAUAUCUGCUUCUCCAAAAUCUACACAAAACGAGCAAAUGUUCGGAACUGUUGGAAACAGACUCGAGUGAAGACUAUAAUUGGAAAUCGGAAACAGCUAAUGAGUUUAGCACCGCCAUGCAAAGCGGUUCGAUACAAAAUUUCACCCCCGGAAUGUUUCGUUGUCGCGUUGUUUGGAAAUUUACUUUCCGCUUGCAUCCUCGAUUGAAAACUGGUCCUGGAAGAUCAGGACUUUCCCGAGGCAUAAAAGCCUUACACGGCGUGCUUAACAGAUUCGCUGUGAGCAAUCGAAGCAACAUGUUCGUCUACCAAGAGAACAACAAGAACGUAUUUUACCUGAGACUGCACGAACAGAUAACCGACGGGAAGUCUUUACAAAACAAAUUGUCGGAGAGCGACGAGCAGCUCGUUGUAUCGCGAAGUAACAGCGUCGUCUCAUUAUCACAAGUCAAACUGAACGAGAAUAUCUCGUCAAACGAUACGAGACCGAGAGUUCGGUCUUUCAGCGAGAAAGAGUCGAACGUUUUGAACAAAACGGAAGACUCCAUUAUUCUGAUGGUACAUGGAAUCUCCGACGCAGGACCAGAAGUGAAACGGGAUCUCGUGCAAGUCCUACAGAAUCGUUUGGAUGACGCGGUACUUGAAGUUUUGUCCGUCAUGUUGGCACGAAAUCCAAUGUGCAAGUUGACUCCCGCUGACGUUCAUUUUAUUCAACCACCAAAAUCACCUGAAUCUGUCAUACAGCUGAGCAUACAGAAAUAUUGCAUACCGCAUGUUGUUGCUCUGGAGUUUUACUUACGACAAAACAUACUGCAAUUCUUGUAUAUACCAAAGUACACUGAUAACAGACCGGAAUAUCACUUCCAGGAUUACUCGCAGCUUGAAGAGUCGACGAAAAAGAUCUCUGAAUCGGACAUAUUUUUGUAUAAUCAGAGCCAUUCGAGUGGCAGCAAAGGAAUAGCCUGCAUAGCAUUGUCGAUUACAGGAGAUCCUGAAAAGUCUGUCGAAAACGAACAAGUAAAUGAGUCUUUUCCAGAAACUACAACGAGACAGGACUUCGAGAAUAUCGUGUCUACUUCAGUUUUUGACAAAGACUCGGGUGAAUCGCCGCCCUUGAUUGAAUUUAAAAUUUGGAAACAGGGCAGGGUUAAUUUGGAAACGUUGGGACAAAAAUUGCGUUCCGCGGUUAAACAUGCAAUUUGGGAUUUAAUUACGGAAUACAAGUUCUUGUCUACUCCUUUGACAGAAUCGUUUGAAGCAAACAGUCCGGAGACAUCGGCUGAAACUAAAAAGAGUCAGGCGAAGACGGAAAGUUUACCAAAAAGUGCACACGAUUUCGGGAUAGACCGGUUCGAGACUGGCGAAGAAGGAAAAUUACACGAUGUCUAUUGCGUUACGUUGUCAAAAUGGUUUCAAUUCGCUUUAGAGCUUGGAGUACCAUCUGUGAAAAGACACGAAGUGAUUAUCAAUCAUAGACACGCUAUACCGACGAUCAUCAAAGAGUUGGAAACCUUGAUACAGAAUCAAGUACCGGAUACAUCCUGCAGGACUUUUAUUCAGAGAGACAGACAACCCUUCGUCGAAAAAUUUGUUCUGAACGAAGAAUCAACGAGUAACGAUGUUUCAUCUGAAAAUAAAGGAAAUGUUGAUUUACCUUUGAACGUGCCAUGCGAUUUUAGCAAAGACGUACCAGGAACUUGUACUAAAUGUAUUUUAAUUGCUAGAAAUUUUUAUCAGUGGAAAGCUUCUUUCGAUAAAAAAGUACAACCAGAAUUACUUAUUCCAAAAGAUCAAAAGGUGCUCCAAAAAUUCAAUCCUCUGUUAUUGGAAUCUAAUUUUGUAUCAAGACAACGAAUAUUACUUGCUGAGGUCCAAAGUAAUAAUAUCACUAUUUAUAUGUAUAAUUGGUCAAAGGAGAAAUCUGAAAAGUUGAUCAAACAAACUACCGCAUUGGGAACAUGGCUCUCUUCAAGAUCGAAUUUCUUGACAAAUGUAAUAAUGCAUAAAUUAGGAAUAUUUCAUCACCGUCUACAUCCUUCGAGGGAUCAAACGAAUUCCCAAUACUAUCAAAUAGUGGAUAUUGAAAGUCUUACGAAAUUUUCAAGCGCGUCGCACAAUGAUGGAAAAGAUUGGACGAAAGCUAACAACAAAACACAAAAUAUGAAACACAAUCAAUUUUCGUGGAAUGAAAUAAUCGGUCAAAUGAUGCGCGAUGUAAAGCCUAAUAAUCAUUUUCAUGGUAAUACAGAUCCAACUAUAAAGGCUGUUCACGAUUUGCAAGAUUUACGAAGUCGCGAGAAAAAAGGAAAAGAGGAUCUAAAUAAAUUGUAUGCAAUGUGGCAAAAUCGCAGUGCUGCGCCAAAUAUUCCAGUUUCGGUUACUGCUUUAAAUACAUUCAAACAGUAUUCUCGAUUGAUACAUUUUUGUCAUACACCAUUAUUAUUUUUACCUUCGUGGCGUUUACAAUCUGCCGCGACAAGGGAUCAUUCGUUAACAUUGCAAUCAUCUUUAAAUCAAAAUAUCAAUGUAUAUCACCAAUUAUCGCAACAAGAACGAAAAAAUCAGAGUGAUCAGUCGGAUGUUAUAAAAUGGCAUCAAGAAUUAUGCAGCCUAAUGUUGUCUGAAUACAAACAAUAUCUUCAAAUAUUGGGCUUCAGUCCUGUCCAAGUGGAAUCAGUAGAUAAAAGUUCCGACAAGCAAGUUCAACAACAAUCCUAUUAUCUUAAGAAAUCAAUGCUCGGAGGAGUAUUACUAUUUGAAAUUCAUUUAUCGCAACCAUUUUUCAUUGUUAAAUUACACAUUAUUGAGUGUAGUCGUUUUCAAACAAAAACUAGCACAGCUUUAAUUAAUCAAUUUAUGUUGAGUUUUGUGGAUGUUUGUGACAAAAUCAAGAUCAAUAUGCAUUUACAUUCAUUCACGUACGAUUUUCAUUUACGUUGCAUUCAUUCGUAUAUUGCUGGCACUGGACCUUGGUCAUUGCAGCAAGGUUAUCAUCUUAUUCAUUUCCUUGAUGAUUUUAAUAAAUAUUACAGCAAAGCACCGAAUUACGCGAGAAAUCUUAUAUACAGCGAUAUAGUGACCAUCCGUAAUUUGACCAUACCGGGUCGCGUCCUCUAUUCUUAUUUAUUAUCUCAUGAAAAGACUUACAAUAUGCACGUAUUCGUAAUGAAAAAUGAUCACCAGGAUGUUCAAGAAAGUGAAUACGUUUUGGUGAAUUUAAAAAGCACUCCACUAAUUAGUCACUGUGAUACGCAAGACACAAAAUACACCGAUGACUUUGAUGUUGCACUUAUCGUGUCACAUUUGGAACAACCUUCGCAAGCGGACAAAUCAGAAAUUACAUUGAAGUAUUACUUAAUGUUGACUAGUAAGAGGGAAUUGUAUCCAAAAAGAGAAGUGGAAAAUAAUAAACUUGGAAAGUUUCGCACGGUAUACACUAUAGAGAAGCCUGUAGCGAAUACCUAUUCUGAAUCUACGACGGAUAUUUAUAAAGAGAACUUUUCAAACUUUCAAGAAGGUAGUUCGGAGUCAAAUGAUAAAAAAAGUGAUACCAAAUCAUGUAGUCCUAAUUUUAACAAUAGUUAUAAUAGUACAAGUGCACCAACGCCUCCACCGGUACCUAAUUCUCCACUGACACAAAACGUGAAUCCUCCAAGCAUAUCAAUAAAUACUUCAUCGCCACACUUGAUUCAAAUACGACAAGAAUCAAUUAAUUAUUUGGGUUACUACUCGUCUCAUGAACAACUGAUGCAAGAAACGAUAAUGUCACAAGCAAAGGCAGCCCACAUGCACAUAAUGAAUAUGAUAGAACGUGGGACACUUCAAUGUAGAACGCAUCUUUUAUGGAAUAAACUGUUGGAAAGUAAAUCUGCAAUGAAUUAUUCAGAAUUUUCUGAACUUUGCUCAUUAGCUCACGUCGAACCUUUGUCGAAUUUGGAUCCAAGACUCAGACCGUUUGUUAAUCAACCAGUUUCUUGGUAUCAGACGUUAUCGAAAGUAUUGCAAAACAAAUAUCAAGAACAGCAUAAGCAAUUCAAUACACCGGAUGGAAAUGUUACUCAUCUACUUAUAUUACAUCCAAGUUUCUUUAAAGUUUUCAUGAUGCUGACCAUAGACUUGCAUGCUUCACGAGGGGACUUGUAUGCAGUUUAUUGUAAAUCGGAAGAAGUAAUUAAUUCUAUGUGUUGCAUCGAAGAUAUUUAUAAUUUAAUUGAAGGGUUUGUGAAUGCUUGUUGUUUUCACUUGUGGAUGAGUCUCUACAGUUAAUAACAACUACACAUUCCAAACAAUCCAAUUAUCGAAUACUUGUACUUAAUGUCUGUAUAAAUAUAUGAUAAUGUAUCUAACAUCGAGUGGAAAGUUAAUUGUAAUAUAUAUAUAUAAUUAAAUA